GGCCGGCCGAGAGCUCGUGGAGGCGCGGCAGCGACCGGCGCGCGGUAGCGCGCGGCUGAGGCCACUCCGAUCGGCAGAGGCAGCUCCGAUUCCCAGCAGCCCUCGCUCUGUGUUCCGAGUCCCCGGCCCCUAGACGCCUUGUCCCCUCACUCCUGCUUCUCUAUCCCUAUGGAUUCACUUCAGACUGGACAGAUGCUGAGCUUGCCCGCCGAGCUCGGCAGCGACAACUUAGAACUGGCGGAGCCGGCGGCAUCGGCGGCCCGCGGAGACACGGAGCCCCACCCGGAGGCGGCCACAGAAGGCCCCGCACCUUUAGACGCUCCGGAGCCGGGGCCGGAGUCGGGGCCCGAGCUGGGGCUGGAGUCGGGGCCGGAGUCGUGGCCGGAGUCGGGGCCGGAGUCGGGGCCGGAGCCGGAGCCGGAGCCGGGGCCGGGGCCGGGGCCGGGGCCGGAGUCGGGGCCGGAGCCGGGGCCGGAGUCGGAGUCGGGACCGGAGCCGGGGCCGGAGUCGGAGCCGGGGCCCGAGCGGGAGCCGGGGCCGCCUCCUCAGACUUCGACGCCGGAGUGCAAAGUCCUGCUCACGAAGGCUGACGCCCUGGCGUCUGGGGGGCGCCUCCGGGAAGCCCUCGAGGUGUACCGCCAGCUCUCCGAACGGCAGCAGCUGGUGGCCGAGCAGCUGGAGCAGCUGGUGCGGUGCCUGGCGGAGAAAGUCCCGCAAGGCGAGGCUCCGGCGCUGGCGCCCCCGGACGGGAGCGGUGCGGCGAGCCGCGAGGCGGCGGCCGAAGAGGCAGGGGCGCCAACCGCCGCCGAGGCUACCGAGGUGUGGGACGGCUUCAAGUGCCGGAAGUGCCACGGCUUUCUGUCAGACCCCGUGUCCUUGUCGUGCGGCCACACCUUUUGUAAACUCUGCCUGGAACGCGGGCGGGCGGCCGACCGGCGGUGUGCGCUGUGCGGGGUCAAGCUCCCGGCCUUGAUGGUGGCCGGCGGCAAGGCGCGCCCGGCCCCCCAGCGGGACGGGCAGCAGGCGGCGGCGACGACGACGACAACGACGACAACGACAACGACCACGACGCCGCAGCCGCCACCCGCGGCGCCACCGCCGCCGCAGCCGCCGCCGCCGCCGCCGCCGCUGCGGGUCAACGUGGUGCUCAGUGGCCUCCUGGGCAAGUUGUUCCCAGGCCCGGCGCGGGCGUCGCAGCUCCGGCACGAGGGCAACCAGCUGUACCGCGAGCACCAGGUGGAGGCGGCGCUGCUCAAGUACAACGAGGCGGUUCGGCUAGCUCCAAACGACCACUUGCUUUAUAGCAACCGGUCUCAAAUUUAUUUCACCUUGGAGUCUCACGAGGACGCACUGCAUGAUGCAGAAAUAGCAUGUAAGCUCCGCCCAAUGGGUUUUAAGGCACACUUCAGAAAAGCACAGGCCUUGGCCACCUUAGGCAAGGUGGAGGAAGCACUAAGGGAGUUUCUAUAUUGUGUGUCCCUCGAUGGAAAGAACAAAAGAGCAAGAUCUGAAGCCCAAAGGCUUCUCCUUAGUUUCUUUUCACCAUCAGUCCCGGGGGAGUCUCAGGAACAUUUUCCCGAUAUCCUGAAGUUGUUGGCACCUCACCCUAGAUUAAAGGAACACGUAGAGUCAAUGGCUACUGAAGGCACCAGUCAUAAUCUACCAAAGUUACCACAGGAAAGCCGGGAGCUCCCGCACUGCUCUAGUCAGGAGGAAGCAGCGGCCGCGGGAGACCGCAGCAGCCUGGAGAACCCAGUUAAAGUAGAGGGGGAGGGGCAAGAAGGCCACGGGAAAGGCCAGGCAGGAGACCAGGAGGAGAAGGGGGAUGCUGCCUCUGCCAAGGCUGGCAAAUGCCAAGAAAAGAAAAGGAAACAUUGUCAAUUUGGACCCCAAGACCCAGAGGUGCCUACUAAAGCCAAAAAGCCAGAUCCUCCCGCCGACCAGGGGGCCAGAGCCGCGGUCAGUGCUCCACUCCCGUCCUUUGAUGCAUCUGACCUUGAAUGCUCCCUGUGUAUGAGAUUAUUCUACGAGCCAGUCACAACACCUUGUGGUCAUACAUUUUGUUUAAAAUGCCUUGAAAGAUGCCUAGAUCACAAUGCAAAGUGUCCGCUGUGCAAAGAUGGUCUUUCACAGUGCUUGGCAUCCAGAAAAUAUAGCAAAAAUGUCAUAAUGGAAGAGCUAAUAGCUAAAUUCCUGCCAGAAGAAUUCAAGGAACGCAGGCGGCUUUAUGAAGAAGAAAUGGAAGAACUUUCUAACUUGAAUAAGAACGUGCCUAUUUUCGUGUGCACUAUGGCCUACCCCACGGUUCCUUGUCCCCUGCACAUUUUUGAGCCUUGUUACCGUCUGAUGAUCCGUAGGUGCAUCGAAACAGGUACAAGACAGUUUGGCAUGUGCCUUGGAGAUCCUGUCAAAGGGUUUGCGGAAUAUGGCUGCAUCCUAGAGAUCAGAAAUGUUCAGUUCUUUGCCGAUGGCCGCUCGGUGGUGGACAGCGUAGGCAAGAGGCGCUUCAGGGUCCUCCAUCAGGGCCAGCGAGAUGGUUACAAUACAGCCGACAUUGAAUACAUUGAAGACCAAAAGGUUCAAGGAGAGGAUCAGGCUGAGCUCAUGGGAUUACAUAACUGUGUCUAUGAGCAAGCGUCAUCAUGGUUUCAUUCGCUCAAAACCUCUCUGAAGAAUCGGAUACUCAAUCACUUUGGUCCAAUGCCAGAGAAAGAUGCUGAUCCUCAGGUGAGCCCGAACGGUCCAGCCUGGUGCUGGUGGACAUUAGCGGUUCUUCCACUGGAAAGCCGAGCUCAGCUCCCGUUCCUGGCGAUGAGGUCCUUGAAGGACAGACUGAACGGGAUUCGGCGAGUCCUGGCCUUUAUAUCCCGGAACCAAAACUAGCGAGAGCGGAUCGCUGAGGAGAAGCCCCCACCCUCCCUGCCGGCUUGGGGGAGUCAUCUUGUAAAUAUAUCUAACUGCAAUAACAUCUUAACAGAAGGAAGUAUCAAACAGGCAUUUCCCUGCUGUCGAUCGCAGAGAGGGAUCGUGUAGAAAGGCCAGAAGCACGGGGCCUGUUUGAAACUUCCUGGCUGAAGAUGCUUCUUGACAUGCUGCACAACUACAUGCUCAGCAGAGGUGUUUAAGAGCCCAGAAAAAAAAAAAAAUUCAUUUGGUUUUUGACAUCCAGUGUUCUGGAAGUUUAAAAUGGUUUUGCUUUCGUUUUCUUUCUCGCACAGAUAAAUGUGUAGUUGAAAUGUGAAGCACACAUUCUGGUAACGCUGCCGCGUUAUUUUCACGGACUUGGGUUCUCAUUCCAGGUGGUUCGGGUUUUAUACGGCAUUGUGUAGAAAAGAAUGUUCAUCCUUUCCGUUUUCAUAAUUUAUUUUUUUGGCACCACCGUAUCCCUUUUUUCUACCUGUCUGUUUGUAACUGUUUAAGUGUACGUUACUGAAGAGCCAGUUGCUUUAUUUAUUAACGUGGUUUGCCAUCUACCCAGGGGGAAGGAGCAGUGCUAGCAACGUGCCGUUUUCGCUUUAACCACAUUCUGCUGUGUUUGAUCCCGGUUCGCGAACCGUUUUUGUAUCUGUCCCAUUGGAUGUGUAAAGGAGGUUCGGAAUCACGCCGAGACCAUCGCUCGUCACGGGUUCCGUGUUGCUUUCGUUUGGAAUUCAACAAUAUAAAAUACCUAAGCGAUUUGGCAGGCGUUAUGGAAUAGGCCAGGGUGAAGGAAAACAAUCCAUUUUCUGGGUGGGACACCGACCAGGGCCGAAGGAAUGAUUGCUCUUGAAUGAAGAGGUGACUCAGAGGGGCGUCGUUUGUGAGUGAUCUGUUUUAGGCAUUUAUUUUCAGCAAUCUAAUCAGAAGGGUCUCUCCCCUCUCCCCAGGGUUAGUUACCUGGCUGGCGCGUAUGAAAACACAUGAUGAAGGGCUGCCGGUCAUUGAAGGCGGAAAGAAGCUAGUAGAGACAGUAGAACCCUUAAAAACACAGACACGCUGUCUUUCGGGUUUGUACAUCUUUUUCAAGGAAACAGACGACGAACCCGUGGUUUUAGCUAAACGCUGCCUUCCCUCCUAGCUGCUGCGGGCCAAAGAUUUCGACGUAGGGGAAGAACAGUGGGUAAGAAUGUAAGAGGGAGCCCUUGUUUAGCUUGCUUAGUGCUAGUGUGGUUCUGUCAGUGCCAAGAGAACCUGAAAAAGACUGUUGGCGGGGCGGGGGGGGGGGGUGUCCCAACGACGGCGUGAGGAGAUUAGGGCAGGCGAGAGGUGAAUCACCCCAUCUGUACCAUCGUGCAAACUAUCCCCCCACGUGAUCCUUGGACGGACCCAGCGCAGCCCAUCUACUCCUUCGAGGAGAGGUGAGUGCCUCAGAUAAUCGACCUGACUUCUUCCCACUACCUGCAGCCAGAAACAGGGGAGAGAGUAUGACGUGAUCCACGUAAGCUGAAACCAAAUGAUCCCUUCUGAACUUGCUAAAUGGGUGCUGGAUUGUCAGAGCGUUGUGUUGUGUUACCAGGUUUGAUGUUCGCAGCCGGACUGGGCCGGCAAAGAAUGGACGUAUAGGCGUGGUUACUGCCCAAGCAAGCUCUGCAGGGCUCGGGGAGCAGGGAAUUAAGCGUUCCUCUUCCGGCUCGGUGCCCAGCCAGCCAGAAGGUCAGAGCACAGUCCUCGUGAAGUAGUUUCCUGUCAUCUCGUGUAAAUGCAGCAGAGGGAAGGUCGUAAACAUCUGCGCUUGGUAGAUGUUUUCCCUUGUGAUUGAACUUCUUCUGGGCCCCAGUUUCCUCAUCUAGCAAAGGGUAGUGACCAAUGCCCCGUGUAGGGAUGUUAACGGACAUUAUAUGAGGUAACGUAUGUAAAUCGCUUAGCACAGUGCCUAGCACCUAGGAGACAUCCAAAAAAUAAUAGCCGUGAUUAGAUUGUUCAUAGUUACGGAAUAUCAUCAGGGGCCCACACUUGCAUAAAACACUGCCUUUCCACGCAGUACCCAUAUCUGCCCCUUUAAACUUGGUUGGGGAGAUCCCCACCACUGAUUUUCAGACCAUAACUUGAUGCUUUACAGUUAAUUCCUUUUGGAGCCACGUCUGUUUGGGAAAACGAAAAGACUCGAGAAGAGAUGAGGGUCAGAGACAAGGGAGGCUCCUGGGCCAGCCAGUUUUCCCUGUUCCAAUAAGAUUAAAAAGCAGUGCUGUCUGGAGGUCUAGAAUUCCCAAUAUAAUGGAAGCCUUAAGUUCUAGCUCCAUUAGAAUAACCAGCUCAUCCCUCCUUGCUCUCCAAAAAGUAUUAAAAAUCUUGGCCGUGCCAGGGUGAACGGGUUUCACAGUCUGACUUCUGUGCUUAAGUUCAUGGGAUUUCCUUAUGCUGCCCCAACAAAUUUAUUUUGAACCUGCUGUGUACCAGGUACUGAGCCAGGCGAUUUCACAUAUGUGAGUUCAUUAAAUCACUUAUUCUGCACAGCAGCCCUGUGAGAUCAGUUAUCACGCCCAAUAUCACAGAUGAGAAGGCUGAGGUUCUGCGAUGUUAAAUACUUCGUCCAGAUAGCACAGUUAAGCAGUUACUAGCAUAGCCAAGAUUGACGUUGAACCCCUUCCUUUGCAUCUGUUUAACAUUUUAAACAGUUUGUGUUGCACGUAAUUGUAUUAAACAGGCAUGGCAACUGAGUCACCAAAGCUCCCCAGAAGCUCACAGUUCAGAUGGAAGCUGCAGGCUCAAUAAAAUUCAGUUACCUCACACACAUUUCUACUUAAUCUCGGUAGAAAGGGAAGUUUGAUUUUUUUUUCUUUAAAUAAAGUUCCACAUCCUAGAAUGUUCCAUGUCGGUAAGUGAGCACCUAACUCCAGCAAACGUAGAUCUUGGCUGGAACAGAGUUGCCCUGUACGUUCAGUGGCCUAAAUAGACGUUUGGGUUAUUUUAUAGCAAGCUCUGGUUUCAGCAGUGGUGGGAGGCAGGGUGCAAGGCUAAGCCUUGGCUUUCUGUGGGAUGUACUUGAAUGGGGCAGUCAGUUGAAUGUGGCCAUUUUCGCCACUUAUAAAUUGAUUUUGCUGCAAAGCUUGGGUUUGAAGAGAAUACGGAGAAAAGACAUAAAGCUAAAUCUAGGCCAGAAGUACAAGACUUCCCCCUUGGUAGAUAGUGCCAUUUAUUUGGUUAAUUUUCCUAUCAUGACCUAGAUUUUUUCUGUGUAUGUAUAUAUAUAUAUGUAUAUAUAUAUAUAUGUAUAUGUGUGUGUAUGUGUGCGUGUGUGUGUAUAUAUAUAUAUAUAUAUAUGUAUAUAUGUGUGUGUGUGUGUGUGUGUGUGUGUGUGUAUACACAUUAGGUACCAGGCAGAUACUAUGCCUUUCUGCUUUGUACUGUACUACCACUGCUAGCUAAUAACCAGCAAAAUGUAGAAAAUGAAAAAUGAUAAAGCUAAUUUUCUAUAGACAACCUGGAGAAAAGAGUGCUUGCCCCUGACUUAAUGGGGGCAGAGAACUGACUAUUUCAAGAAUUUGCCUUUUCUGAAAGCCGACUGCUUCCCGCCCCGUGGGGCCAGUCGAGUCGCUGCGUGUGUGGCGCUUCCAGCUCUGCCUGCGGGGCUGGCCUGGGCUCAGAUAAUCCCCUGUGACUGGCCGUCGGAGUCGCGGAGCUCCUGAGGCUGGCUCACAGCACCCAGAGGUCUCGUACUGUCCACAGCCUACAUGCUGUUGAUGGGCCAGAAUCCACUGGGGACAGUGUGCCCCUUGCCAAACUCCAUUUCCAAGAUGGGAGUUUUAUUCAGGGACUCGUUCCUUGAGUUCCCAACAUGUUGACUUUGCAUCCGUUUCCUUUUAUCAAGGCAGAAUCAUAGCAGAGGGGUUGGGGCAAGGAUGCAAAUGGAAGGCAGCCCCCAUAGCGGAAAAGAAUAGAUCUUUCAGCCCAUCUGGGGCCUGAGGGAUGAGGUUGAUUUACGAUUGAAAACAGUUCUGAAAAGCAGCCAGCUGCACGGGGCUACAGCUUGGGGCCCUUCCUUAGUGCAGAGAGAAAGAAGGAAAUGGAGUCAUGUAAGAUGUACACAUUCAGUUCCUCUUAGAAUGAUAGCUCCCACUGUCCAACUGUUUAAUAAUCUGGAUGGAGCACAUCCAGAGUCGAAAUGAAGACGUUUUCACUUACAAAUAGGUAUUUUGCAACGCGCUAAGUUCACCUUGAGAGAGAAGUGCCUGUAAUCUCUGUUCCUGGUGUCAUUUUAAAGCUUUCGCUUCAUGACUCUGUAGCCGUUUAAAAAUUUGUCGCAGCAAAUGUGAUUAACAGAAGUUUACAAAGCAGCACUGUAGCUUAUGUGUUAUGUUCAAAGUUGCCUAACGUUUAGCUAAUGUAAAAGCAGCAACAAUAAACAACAACAAAAUAAAAGGAGAGCAAAUAGGUCAAUGUGGCAUCAUAGGCUUAUCUGAGAUAAACUAGUUCCAUCAUUUUAUGCAGUCCUCAGUAAUGCCCGGAUUAAAAUAUCAAGCAAGGCAUUCAAACAGUGGCAAAUGUGUCUGUGUAUUUGUUAUUCCAGUUGUUUGUUAAGCAGCCAUUUUACUCUUGCACUGUAAUAAACUGAAAGGGGAAUUAAGAUAAUGCUUUCUUCCCCCCAUAUUGCUGUUCAACUACCUCUAUAUGCUUGGUUUCUCUUUAGGGUUUUCUUUCCUCCAAAUCUGUACAAAAGCAAGAUUUCAGCUCUUCUGCGUUGUCAUAACAAUGUGAUAUAGACAGUCUCUGUGAAAGCCGUUUGUUCAUUAGGAAUGUUUCCCGUUGUCUCACUUUGCAUCUAACAGAAUUCUACCCGUAACCUUAGGGCAAGAAUUACCCAAAUAGGUAUCGUUUUUUGGAAGCCGAAUAGAAAGGAAAGCUAUUGGACCAUUUAACUUGAUCUCUCGUUCCCGUUGCUUAUAAUACGUUUGACCGGAAGACCUCUGGUCCCAGUAGCCUUGCACUUAGACACUAAGUUCUUAUGUACUUGACAGUGAGGCCGGUGCGAGCUAAUUAAUGUGACUGAUGUGUUCUGAAAACCUUGCCAUAAACUGUUUUAAAAAAUGCACCAGAAAAUCUUGUUAUUUACAGAACUUUGUCGAAGCAUCUUGCCAAUAAUCCGCCCCUAGUUUACUUGUUAAGUCCAUUCAUAUACUGGGUUUGCUUACAGCGGAACGCGCUACCUACUGUGUUUUCUUUGGCAUUAUAAAACAUUUGUGAAAGUAAA